UGAAUAAUUAUGAAAUUGGUUUGGCUAAUUAUAUUUUAUUUCAAUUUGGGUUCCAAUGGGAAAUGAAUUGUUACAUGUUGAACAGAAAUUUUUCAAAUAUUUCAUUGACAUUUUUUUACUUUAAUCAGAAUGAUACAGGCAAUGGUAAAAGUAGUCUCCUGAGUUGAAUUUAUUGUUCAACUCAAUUGAUGAUGAUAAUCAUGUUCACUGACCAUUGUGAGUGGCUAAAUUGUAAUUUACAAAAAUUCAUGUCACGUCACAGUGAUUCACAUUUUCACAGCUAACAGCAACAAUCAUCAUCAAAUGUUGUAUGAUAAUAACAAUAAAAAAUAAUAGUACCGAUUUCAAUACAAAUAUUUUUGCAACUUGACAUUGGGUAAAAGCUACAAAAAUAAAAACAUGGUUAAGAUGGAUAGUUAAAUUAAUGGUCAAAAGAAUGAAAAUGUUUGGUCGAGUGGAAAUGGAAAGUUAUUGAACCAAUUUACAAUUGUAAUUCCAGUGGCAUGUUAAUUUCAUCUUAUUUUGCUUGAGUUGACCAAUUGACAUACACACGAAAUCUUGAUUCAAAUUAUUGGGUUUACAGUUUCAAAGGGUCGGGUUAAACUUGGUGUAAAGGUUUACCAAUCUACAUAACUUUGUAACUCUGUAUUCCCUGGCAAUUCUCAUGUUGAUUUGACUUUACAUUUUACUUUUAUCGCAGACAUUAACUGUUUCCUGUAACCAAUAAAUUACGGAAUCGAUUGUGUGAUUUAGCUAUGAUAACUGGAGGUCGUGAAAAGGCGGUCAAAAGUGAUAAACAUUGCCGUUCCUUGGUCCGUGUUGGGUCAUCGAUAAACCAUGCUGUUGAAAGGUUUGUCUCGGUUGGUGAGGCUAUUGGUGAUGAUAAUCCAGAGAUUAAGAUGGACAUGUAUGAUGCUUGUAAAGAUGCCAAAACAGCGGGUUGUAUUUUGGAGCAAUUAUGUGAUUUAACAACUGAUUCUGGUAAUUAUAAUGUUCGUUUUUAUUCCGAUAGAAGUGCUCUUGCCAGAUCAGCUCGAGCUUUGCUAUCAUCGGUUACCAGAGUCCUGUUGAUCGCAGAUACUGUGGUAGUAAAACAGCUUUUAACAGCAAAAGACAGGGUGUCAAUAAGCUUAAAUAGGCUUGAAAAUGUUGCCAAUUUUACCGAGUUUGUGAAAGCUUAUGCCAUAUUUGGUUCAGAGAUGGUUGAACUUGCUCAUCUUGUUUCUGAUCGUUCAAAUUGUUCUAAAGAUGAAAGGAGAAGAGCGGAAAUGGGUUCAGCAAGACGAUUCCUUGAAAGAUCGACCAUGAUGCUGUUAACUUCAGCCAAAGCUUGUCUUCGUCAUCCUGAUUGUGAGAGUGCCAAAGAAAACCGUGAUACCGUUUUCAUUGAGAUGAGACGAGCCAUGGAUUCAAUACACAGUGUCAUCAAGGACAGUGUCUUACCUCAAUUAACCAUCUCGGCCUUUAACCUUGAUUCCUGUGGUCAUCCUCGGCGUUCACAUGGACGAUCAUCUCAUGGUCAUGUUUCACGUUACUCUUCCAGCAAUCGAUCUACUCCUGAUUGGAUGAUUGACAAUGACGACGAACCUCUAACAACUGCCUUUAAUGCAAUCAAAAGAUUCGAGGAAUGGGUUGAAUUAAGCCGCAUUACUUUAUGUAAAGGACUUUUCAGGGAAAGAUUAAUAAGUGCCUUUGACGCUUUUGUUGAAUUAACCCAAGAUUUUACUGAUUCAGCUUAUACUCGCCAUGAGAAUCGGGAAAAAUUAUUACUCCUCUGUGAUCGCACUAAAAUUGAGCUCAAUCAACUACUUCGAUUAGGAAUUUGCCUUGAUGAAUCUGGUACAACCAAUCCAACUAGUGACUUGGAAGAAGCCAUAUUACACACACUUCGAGCCGUUAAUGAUGUCAAACUCCAGCUACGUAACACUGCCUUGGAGCAAGCUGAUGAAUUAUUUAGACUUACUGAUGAAUUUGAUAUAAUAAAUCAACUCCGAAAUACAUUCUUAACGGGUGACCCUGAACGGCUUAAUGAUUAUGUGAAAAUAUUUUCCGAUCACUGUGAUCAUGUGGGGGAAGUUUGCCGUCUCCUUCAUAAUGUAACGACCUCAGAAACACUUCAAAUCUAUUCCAAAAUAACUGAAAAUCAUAUAAAUGUCUUCAGCCCACAAGUAUUAAAUGCGUGUUUUACUCUAUGUGCUUAUCCCAAUUCUCGUAUUGCCAAAGACAAUUUAGAAGUUUUCCUCGAUUUUUGGAUAAUUCUUUACAGUGAUGUUCAUCAAUAUGUUAAAGAUACUCGAGAAUGUUCAACCGGCGUUGAUCUAUCGGGUAACUAUGCUAAUUACCCUGGUAAUGGUUCAUGUUCACAAUCUGGUUCCGUCCGAUGGCCAGGAAUACCAAAUACCAAGGGCGCUCAACAAGUACAAGCACAACAAUCGGUACAGCAACAAGUAUCCUCACAGUCACAACAAACUGUCCAACAGCAGCAACCUGUGAUAUUAGGACCUAAUGGAUCAAUGGAUCCCAAUGAUCCUACAAUGGGCCAUGGUAAAGUACCAGGUUCCGUUGAUUUGGAGACUGGUGAGACAGACAAAAACUGGCCUUCCAAUAAUGCAUCAGAGGAUAAUGAUAUUGUCCGAAGAGCUAAAGCUAUGUCACAAAUGGCCUUAAAUAUGAAUCAAUUUACUCGAGGAGAAGGUGAUUUGAAAACUACUCAAGAUUUGUUUACACAAGCUGAGUUUCUAGCCGAAGAAGCCAACAAGUUUUACAAAUUGGUUCGCCACUUUUCAUACCAGGUUCCGAGUGGAUUGUCCAAGAAAGAUCUUCUCGAUAACCUUGAUAAAGUUCCAACGUUUGUCCAACAAUUACAAUUCACUGUGAAACAACCAACUGUUGGUAAAGCGGCAACCUUCACCAAAGUUGAUAAUGUAAUUAAGGAAGCCAAAAAUUUGAUGAUGUUUGUUUGCAGUACGGUCGAUAGCUGUAUAAAUUGUGCCUCUAAGUUUAAUCUUGAUAUGGGUGCUGCUCGAGCUCGAUCACGGACAUUAUCACCCUCAGGACGACAUGGUGAAGAUGACAGUGGAUAUGAAGGAAUGUCUUCUGGAAUGGGAUCGAAAAGUGGAACGGCGUCUUCUGAUCCCAACAUUUGACAAUUAGGGAUCGGCUCUAGACGGGCCAAACCUCAACAAUCCGGUGGUGAAUCAAGAAGAACUCGCGUUUCGUUUUUACUCUUUUAGGGUCAAAAUCUUAGGAUCACUUGUCAAUAUAAUUUUGGUCAUCACUUUUCGUUCAUAUCACCAAAGCACCAUUUAAACCUCCUACACAACAAACACUCACACACUCGCAAUGUUUAAUUUUUACCCGACACACAUCACCAAAAAUCAGUUAAUCCAAGUCCAAUCCCAUAAAUCAGAAUACAUUGGGUCAUCUCUUAACCAACUGCCUAUCUAACAAUACUAACAUCUGACUCUUCCUUUUUGCGCUUAAAGCUGAAUGAAUGGAAUCGGGUUUAGCUUUAAAUUAAUCGUGUGAAAUUUUGAACAGCAAUAUAUUAGAUUUUUGCUCUGUUAUGUAAUCAUGAUUAACAAAGUUUAGAUUUAUAAUUUAGGUUGUGAAGGUUUAUCAUUGAGAAGUUGAUAGACACUAUACUAAACCAUUUAAUAACAAGUAACUGCCAUAUUUGUUAGCUUUUUCAAUACUAAAUUUAACUAUUUUGUAAAUACAAUUAUAAUAGUACAAUUUGUGUAUAUAUUAUAAUAUUAAUAUUAAUAGCAUUACCAUGUAAGAUUAUGGUAAAUUAGUAAUAUGUUGAUCAUUGAUUAUGUUUGUGUGAAAGUAUUUUAAGCUCAAAAAAAGGUAGAUUUUGUUAGCCACUUGUUACAAUAACUGCUUCUUUGCUCAACCAACAAAACAAUUCUGAUUUCCAUCAUUUCGAUUCUCCCUGAUUUAGUAUUAACCCAAUUAUUAUUUAUGCACCAAACACAAUCUCAAUUAAUAUCCAAGAUUUUGACCCUGACUACAAAACGCGACCGAAAAUCAACUCUUCUUAAUUCAAACCGAUUGUUCCAAAGUGAAAUGUAACUCAAAAUGAUCAAGAGCAUUACCGUAAUUUGGUACAUAAUUGAACCUGACUAGCAACAUUUAAUUGUCAACAUUUAUUGCCAAUAUUUGUUGAGUUUCUCGUUCAAUUGUACCAAAUUAAUCAACGAUGUUAACCUUUCCUGUGGCAGGUUAGGGGAUGUUGUUGAGAUGCUCUAACCUCUAACCCGUUUACCCAAAACUCAAACUAAAUACUCAACCCUUACAUUUAUUUAAAUGAGUUUCGCCAAUCUGAUUGUAACCUUUAAUUUUCCUCCAAUCAAUCUUCCUAAAUCCCUAAUCAACCCACAAGAUUCCUUAAUCAGAGGUAAAAGGUCAUUUUGAGUAUGAUUUCACUUGUCUCCUCAAACAAGCUCAACCAUCAUUGACUCUUGUUUCUGUUUAGUUAUUGUUAAACCAUUUGAUUGUUGUUAAUGGGAGACACAAAUUAGUUAACAAACAUAACCACAACAAUAAUUAACAUUCAUGGUUAAAGACACACAAUUUUACACAAAUGAUCAAUUUAAUUGAAUCUGACCCAAGUAAUAAUAUUAUUACGUUUGAAUACAAUUUAAUCUUGCUUUUCAAAUGUUUUA